UCUUGGAAAGUUGGGCUACAUUUCAGUGCUGGGCGCAGACGAUAAGGGAACCUCUGCGGCGCUGUUUGGGUGGACACGCGAGUAAACCAUAAGGUCUUCAGGUCAGGAAUUAUGGCUUUGUUUGUGGACCAGGCGUUUGAUUAUGUACAUAAAAUGAAUGAAGAUGGAGAGACUGAAAUUAUCUUCAACAAAAACGAGGUCCGGUUUACAGAUUCUACAAACGAGCACUCAGUAUCCUCUCCGGAGCCAGACAGGACAGGGCAGCCCGAAGGACAAAGAAAACGAAAAAGAACUAUUUUUACCCGUGCGCAAUUAUCUGAGUUGGAGCGCGCUUUCGUGGUAACCCCAUACCCAGAUAUCGCUCUGCGCGAGAGACUUGCCGCCCUCACUUUGCUUCCCGAGAGCAAAAUUCAGGUGUGGUUUCAGAACAGACGUGCUCGGAGCAUCAAAAGUGGCAGACUAACCAGACCAGUGAAGAGAAGUCCAGCUAGAGCAAUCAAUUCCAGUUGUAACCUAGCAACCAGCUUCUCUCAUCCUGGCAGCAGUUUUCCAACUUCUGCUGUUCCAGAACCAAGUAGCAGACCAGAAAGGUACCAGGCAUCCAACAGGAACAACCACCACCAGCAACAGCCAUGUAGUCUUAACUGGGCCAGACAAGGCCUAUGCCCCUGGUCUCAGAAUCUGCCCCAUCCUACACCGACUGCAGCACCCGUCUCUCCUGACCUCCCUGGAGUGCUCCCCUGGGGCACCAGACCAGCGAAUCCACCCAGCGCUCCCUCCAUGUCCACAGCUCAGAUAGGGAGGCCAGUCCACUCUUCACCCCAGCACCAGUGGAGUGAGUUCAUGCAGACUGGCGCCAGUACAGCUCCAUAUGGGGGGUUUUCGGGGCAUGCAGGUAAAGCACAAUGUAAUGCUAAUCCAAACAGGAAUUCCUCUGAGUCCAUGCACCAGGUGAUCCCUUCGCCUGCUGCACAAAGCUACUUGGAGGGGCCCCUGCACAAACAUGAACAGUCUGUUGGAUCCUUUCCCCAGACCCCCCUAGGAGACAUCUCUGACCUCAUAUACAGUGCUGCUGUAGUUGCCAAUUUGGCAGACUUCUGACGUCAUAUGAACUGAGAAGCUUCCAAUCAACCUCUAUUGCUCAAAAUCACGAAUUUUCUUAAGAUCUGUAUAUAUGCUUAUUUUUUUAUGAUGAUUUUUUUUAAGGUGACAUGGGCAGUGCCCAGUUUCAGGUUCAAGUGUCAAAGUUCUGUGUUAGCUUGAUAUCAUUCCAUUUGUGUUUAAUCUUUAUAUUUAAUCUGAAUUCGCUGUAUUUGGAAGCAAGUUUACUAAUACUGAAAUACUGAGGUAUUUGUUUUCUUAGUUAAGUGUAGUGCAAUCUGACGACAUUCAUAAAGACUAAUCUGAGAUGUUGCAGUGUGUUUUGAUGAA